GGAAGACAAAAUCCAGUAAACAGUGAGAAAAUGGAGCUUUUUGCUAGUUAAGGCAAUUAACUAGUUCCAAGUACUAAUUAAAGUAGCUUUUGCUAAUAAAAUUUGCUUUGCAUAAAAAAUUCCUAAUUAAAGCGGAGAAUUGGAGCGCCAAAGUAACCCUUUAUACAAACUGAAAGGAUAUAUAUACUCCGUAUGUCAGAGUAUUCCAAAUCCUCACUUUUGAAAUGGCCACACAGGGAUGCGUACAGCUGGGAAAUUUACGCAUGGUUUAGGAAACGUAACACUGACUCGAGUAUUUCUACACUGCCCCUUGUAAAACACUGCACCAAGGGAAGGAAUAAGGCCUUUUUUUGGCUUGCCUCAUUAGGGUAUGGCGUGACUUGAGAGUCCCGUAUAUGGAAACAAGAAUUUUAUGUCAGAGAACUUACAUGAAAGCUUUUCUCACCCCAAGAAGGAAAGUAUAUUCCCCCAUGCAUGUAUAUUAGACCCCUUAUCAUACCUGAUUUUCACUCACUCACUGUUCAAUCUUCAUCUUAGAAAAUUUCCUCCACCACCAUGUCUGCUAGAGAAUUAAGUAUUGGUGGUGGUCAUGAUAAUCGAUCUCCUGACGAAGAAAUUAUAGAUAUUAAAAUGUUACUUAAAGUACUCAUUGAAUCUCAUACUAAUACUCGAAAUGAGAUGAUGGAGAUCCUAAGAAGCAGUACUAGUCAUUCUAAAACUGAUAAAGGAAAAGACAAAGUUGUCGAAAACCCACCACCACCAGCAUCCAAUCAUCAAAAACAGAAAGUGGGAACUUUUUUUUAUUGCCCCUUCUUGCCUACGAUCCUGCCUCCGUCACUGCCAAUUGGAAAAAAUAAUGCGAACAGUAGUUCUGGUAAACAAGAGAUUGCACAGGUACUUGGUGGUGAUGAUGAGGAAUACAGGCAGCCCUCUGAAGUUGACGAGGCAAUUUAUGUUCCUGGUAGAAACGACCAACUAUACGAAGCACUAAGAGUCGAUGACUUGGAUCAGGCCACGGAGUUUCUUAAGAACAAUCCUGACGCGAUUAAUCAAGCAAUCACACAUGACUUGGGCACAACAUUGCAUUUGGCGGUAUAUUGGAAUAGAAAGACAAUAUUUGUAGAGGAGAUUGUGAAACUGAUGACACCUAAAGUACUUGAAUAUAAAAUAUGUACUAAUGGUAACACUGCACUUCACACUGCUGCCAGCCGUGGAAUCAUUAAAGCUGCUGUAAUGAUGGUGCAUAAGAACUCCAAGUUGACUCAGAUACGCAAUCACGACGGAAGAACACCACUCGAAUAUGCUCUUUUUUUUGUUACAUCUGGGCAGAAGGAAAUAGUUGAGUAUCUUUACUCAGUAACAAGAAACGAGGAGCCUAACAGUCCGUUCUCGGGUCCUGAUGGUGCUAGGUUAAUAUGCAGCGCAAUUGAUGCUAAUUUCUAUGAUUUGGCAUUUUGUCUUGUCAAACGAUUUCCGAAAUUGGUUAUGGAGAAUUCACCACAACAUGGUAUGUGUGGAUUAGAGUUGUUGGUUCGAAAGCCGUUUGCGUUUCCAAGCGGGACUAAGCUGACAUGGUGGCAGACCCGCAUCUAUUCAUUAAUUCAUGUGGACAUGAAUAUGACAUACGUCCAUCUGGCCGAGCCAAACACUUGCCAGUACUCCUCGGAAUUCAGUGAAAGAGAUAACGAGAACCCUCCAGAGUAUACCCAAGCAGAGGAGAGCUUUUCCUUAACCAGACAUACAAGAAUCCUCAUGCUUUGCUUAACACGAGUGCCUCAUCUUAAAAAAUCAUACAACCAUAAGUUGAUGCACCUACAAGCAACUGUGUUGCUCAAACAAAUGUUGGUGGAACUUCGUAAUGCAAACAGUACUCCUGAGAUAAUAAAUUUUUUCCAAUCUAAACCCGACAUCAUGAAGAUAUCUAUAAAGCAUGGAAUCAUAGAAUUUGUAGCCGAGUGUCUUGAACAGUUCGAUUACCUGGUUUGGCAGAAGAUAGCAAAUCAAACAAUGAUACAAAUGGCUAUAGCAGAGCGUAACGACAUAAUAGUGAGCAUGCUAUGCGAUUUUGGUGACACAUACGGAGAAAAGUUUAGCCUGCUUUCUGAAACAGAUGGUGACGAGAAUACCAUCUUGCAUUAUGCUGCCAAGUUAGCACCUCCUGUUCAACUCGAUUUGGUGUCUGGUGUAGCUCUUCAGAUUCAACGAGAAUUACAGUGGUAUAAGGGGGUAGAAAGUAUUAUGCCAAGAAACGAUAAGUUCAAAAGAAAUAAGGAAGGAGAUACGGCUCAAGUUGUAUUUACAAAAGAACACAAAGACCUACUAAACGAAGGGGAGGUUUGGAUGAAAGAUACCUCCGGAUCGUGCAUGAUAGUGGGUGCCCUCAUUGCUACAGUAGCAUUUGCAGCUGCUUUCACUGUACCAGGAGGUCUUAUUAGUGACUUGGAUAGCACUAAGAAUGGUGCCCCAGUUUUCUUGGGACGGGUGUCAUUUUUGGUGUUUGUGGUAGCUGAUGCCUUAGCUUUAUUCUCUUCUAUAACAUCGGUGCUCAUGUUCUUAGCGAUAUAUACAUCGAGAUAUUCGGAAAUGGACUUCCUUCUGUCUCUACCACAAAAGUUAAUUAUUGGGCUUUCAACACUUUUCAUUUCGAUGGCCUCAAUACUUGCAGCUUUUGGUGCAUCGUUGUAUAUCGUGGUUGGAGAGAAGUUCCCGCAAGAGCUAGUUCCUAUAGCAUUGCUUGGUUGUGCUCCUACGGCCUUGUUUGUAUGGUUGGAAUUACCAUUGUUUUAUGAAAUGCUUCGUUCUACAUAUUGGGUUAGCCUAUUUCGGAAUCACAGAUAUAUCGAUCCUAGAAUUAAGAAGAACCACAACAAAAAGAAAGAAAACAUAGUAACUCGGGUCAGGUCUUUCUGGUCACUAUGAUUAAACAAUGGAUAUUUUGAGACGUCACAUAAUUUCUUUGUUGUUUCAGUAGAGAUUAAUCUCUCUUAUUUCUAUCAGUAACACUCUUGUUACGCUCUUUGUACGUUAGCAAUCAUUUUUGGUGUCUAUA